CACCAUCUUACCACAUCAAUUCUCUCAUCUCUCUCUCUCUCUCUUUGACUAGAUCAUAAUAGUAUAACAGAGACAUACUCUUGAGUUUGGUGACGAAGCGAGGAGAAGAAGACAAUGACGAAAGAAGUGGUUGGGGAUAAGAGAUCUUUCUCCGGUAAAGACUAUCAAGACCCACCUCCUGAGCCUCUGUUCGACGCUACUGAGCUUGGAAAGUGGUCUUUCUACAGAGCUCUCAUCGCUGAGUUCGUAGCAACCCUCCUAUUCCUCUAUGUCACCGUUAUGACUGUCAUCGGUUACAAGAGCCAGACUGACCCAGCCCUCCAUCCUGACCAGUGUGCAGGCGUUGGCCUCCUCGGUAUCGCCUGGGCCUUUGGUGGCAUGAUCUUCAUCCUCGUUUACUGCACUGCCGGCAUCUCUGGUGGCCAUAUUAAUCCGGCAGUGACUUUUGGGCUGUUGUUGGCUCGGAAAGUGUCAUUGGUGAGAGCAGUGAUGUACAUGGUGGCUCAGUGCCUCGGGGCCAUUUGCGGUGUGGCUUUGGUUAAGUCCUUCCAGUCUGGUUACUACAACCGCUACGGUGGCGGUGCAAACGGUCUCUCCGAUGGUUACAGUAUCGGCACAGGUGUUGCCGCCGAGAUCAUUGGUACAUUCGUCCUAGUCUACACAGUAUUCUCAGCCACUGACCCCAAGAGGAGUGCGCGUGACUCUCACGUCCCUGUAUUGGCUCCAUUACCAAUUGGAUUUGCAGUGUUCAUUGUUCACUUAGCUACAAUCCCAAUCACGGGCACUGGCAUUAACCCUGCAAGAAGUAUCGGAGCUGCAAUUAUCUACAACAAGGACAAAGCUUGGGAUCAUCAUGUACGUUACUAUAUCAUAUAUUUUUACUUCUUUGUCUUCGAUAUUACNUAUCACGGAUAUAAUUUGCGAUGUGAAUGGGCAAAAAAAACUCUUGAAACAGAGGAAAAUUUGGAAGGUAAUCUGAUAGACGCUGUUGGCAAUAGGGUAGUGGACUGGACGGUGCUGGACAAGACGUAUCGAGAGGUCAAAAAAAGUGGCCAUCAACCUCAUCGUAAAGGAGGAGCUUAA